CAAUAAGUUAGAAAGAGACGAACAUACUUUCUUUCAUAGCACAGAACAAAAUCACAAUUUAUCGACAUAGCGUGUUACCCAUUAAGAAAUUUCAUAGACUGGCUAUGUAGUUUAAUGUCCAUGUGGACAUAGAGGCGCUUUGAAUACAGGUUCUAUCUACAUCGGAGCAUCGGAGAUCGAAGAUCGAAGGCAUAAUUGUUUUCAGGCUAUCUCAACCCAAAGAAACAUCAUGAGAAAACAUCACAAUGGAUUUUUAUGAAAUGUUAUGCACAUUGAUAUCCAGCAGUGAUGAUCAAGCGAAGAGCUUUGAUGACAAGCUAGCGCGAAUAUUAGAGAAAGUAAUGCAACUUCUACCAGAAGACGUAAGACAAUCGAUCAGAAAUGUCAACAUCAGGGAUCAGUAUUUGCAAACAAUAAUUUAUAUACUAUGUAACAUUAAAGAAGAAAAUGGAAAAAUAGAUACUAAUGCACCUAUUAGUGUGAAACAAUAUCGUUCUAUAAAAAUUGCAAUAGAAUUAAUAGUAUCAAUUGGAAUUAUACCUUUUUUAUUACCUGGUGUUGGUAUAGAUAUGGCUAAGUUAUGUCCCAAAGCUUUAAAAAUUUGUCAAGAGGAAGAGAAAUUAAAUUGUAUGGAGAAAUACAAACGAUUAUGUCUUUCAACACAUUCACUCCUAGAUCUUUUUGAUGAUCUCAACUUACGACCAGCUAUACUUUCCCAAAUUGGUCCUCUGAUAGCUGCUCUAUUACAAUUGUCUCAUGCUCCAUUGGCUAAACCAUCAAGCAAAGUUCAACAAUCCUCGAAUGUAAAUAAGCAGGAAUUUCACAUGACCAUAGAAGAAUAUCAAAGGCUGCAAAAUUGCCAAAAAGAAUUUCAUGCUAAAUUUAUUUCGUUAUUAAACAAUUGUCCGCAUUAUAUAUGUUUUCGGGAAUUGAUGAUAAUUCUUGGAAUGCAAAAUGCACCAAAAUGGUUACGUAAAGAAACUCAGAAUUAUUUAAUUAAAAUACUUGUACAAUCAAAUGGAGUGUUAUCAUUAAUCACUGCAAUUUGCGAAGACGAUCUAGAUUUGGGUGCAGAUUGGAAGAAAUUAGAAACAAUUUGUAAAUUGAUAGCAGCAUCACAUGGAAAGAAUGCUGAAGAAUAUUAUAAAGCUGUAUGUCCACAGAUUUUAAAUUUACUCUGUUCAGGAAAUAUAAAUCAUAGUUCGAUGAUAGCAAAUUGCUGUAUCAAGGCUCUGUACGAUUACAAUCCAAAUGCUUGUCUAAAAUACAUUAUAGAAGUUAUUUGUGCACCUCUGUUAACAAAAGAACCAUAUGUUGUAAAAUCCGAGAAGGAAAUAGAACAAUGUAUAGAUGGUUUAGCAAAAUGUUUCUUAACAGAAGAUGCCAAAUUCAAGCAUUUACCUUGUACAGUUAUUUUAUAUGUUGCUACACCUUUAUUUUGCUUGUACAAUACAGUUCGUGAAAGUGCUUGCAUAUUAAAAACAAAUUUACGACGAUUGUUAUUGAAAAUUCUUGAGGAAGAGACUACGCGAGAAAAGCUUUAUGCAGCUUUUCUGGGACACGAUACAUCGGCAAAAUUUGGAGAUUAUGUGACAGCACAGUUUGGGCCAACUGGUGGUCUUCAGAUUACUGAGCUGAAUAAAAAUUUGAAAUACGAAGAACUAGCUGAUACCGUUUUCGAACUGGUAUCCAUAGCAAAGGAUUUAUCUCCUAGUUUAUUCUAUUAUAUGCUAAAGUUUCUGUCAAAUAUAAAUAAGUCCAGCUACAAAGUUGAACGACAAAACAUGCUAGAGACUGAAGACGAUAAAAUAGAAUACAUCGCGAUGCAAUUGGCGGCUCACAAGCUUCUAUCACAAUUAGCCAGCACUAGUGCCAUUCAAGAUGCACAAGUAAAAAAUCUCAUGCCACUACUGUCGUUCAUAAAAUCAUUGUUCAAUGCAUAUACAAAGAGUUAUCAAGACAAAACAGAAGAGGACGAAUGCGAAAUAUUGUACAUCAGCUUAAUGCUGAUAAAAUUUCUGCUUGAGAAAAAAGCUACGCUCAAAAUCGAUCUCCUAAAAGAUUUUGCUACGUUUUUAGAAAAGCAUCGUAGAAAUUCGAAUUUGCCGAUGCAACUUAGAUCAUUGAUUGACGAAGUGGUAGCCUACAUCGUGACAUAUGAUCCAAACGAAAAAUCCCGAGUCAAAACCGAAGAAAGGAAAUAUUAUCAAGACAUAUCGAUAAAUCUGACCACAUCAAACAAAUUUGAUGAAGCCAUUAAGGAUCUUGCGGACCCGUUACUUCCUGUUCGUGCACAUGGUCUUGUAACGCUCACGAAACUGAUCGAGAGUAAAGAUUCUUGUGCUGUAGCGCGAAAAAGGAUCGUUUUGCGUUUGUUCCAGGAGAAUUUAAAGCACGAAGACUCGUUUGUAUAUCUGGCGUCUAUUAAUGGACUGUGUGCAUUGGCAACUGCAUUCCCGGAAGAAAUCAUAGAAAUACUCAUGCCUGAAUAUAUCGAUAUGCCUAAUCGUACAGACGCAGAAAUAACUGUCGAAACUAGGAUAAAACUCGGGGAGAUAUUGGUCAAGACAACGAGAGCUUUAGGUGAAAUGAGCGUAGUUCAUAAAAAUACGCUAGUCAACGGCUUUUUGUGCGCGACGCGUGACGCGGAUCCCUUAGUACGAGCCUCCAGUCUCUCUUGCUUGGGAGAACUCUGCAAAGUGUUAAACUUUCGAUUAGGAAACAUUCUCAUCGAGAUUCUCUACUGCAUUGCAUGCAUAAUAAAAUCGGACAAGACACCCGAAUGUCGUCGUGCCGCUGUGCUAGUUGCUACACUUCUAUUUCGCGGCCUCGGCCGGGAUACGUUGAACAGUCUCGGUAGUGAUUUAGUCGACUUGUAUCGCGGAUUGAAGCACUUGCGCGAUAAUGACGAUGAUCCCGUGUUACGGCUUCAUGCUCAAUUAGCUCUGGAGGAAAUCGAUCAUAUUAUACGGGACUUUCUAUCCGCACCUUCUAAACUUGAAAAGAGAAUAUUUUUGUUGAAUCCAUCAUCCAUUCCAUGAUGCAAAUAAAUAUACAUAUAUUUUGUAUAUACAACGCUCCAAUAAAAAU